GCCGCGGCGGCGGCCGGAGCUUUUCCGAGGCGUGUGAAGGUGGUGGAGGUGGGCCCGCGCGAUGGGCUCCAGAACGAGAAAAACAUCGUACCAACACCGGUGAAAAUCGAUUUAAUCAAUAUGUUGUCAGAGACGGGGCUGCAGGUUAUAGAGGCCACCAGCUUUGUUUCCCCCAAAUGGGUUCCUCAGAAUCCUUGUUACUGUGGCUUGUAACCGGGCAAGAAGCAGCAAAACCAAAUACAGGAUUGUGCAAUAUCCCAAGCCUUCCCUUUGGACCUGCGAAAGAGCAGACGUAUGGCUUGCACUCAAACAGGCAAUUGUGGACAUGCUGGCUGGGCUGGAUGGCUGACCACACUGAAGUCAUGCAAGGGAUUAAUAAGUUGCCUGGCAUUAGUUACCCUGUGCUGACCCCUAACCUGAAAGGAUUUCAGGCAGCGGUGGCAGCAGGGGCCAAGGAGGUGUCGAUCUUCGGGGCAGCGUCUGAGCUCUUCACCAAGAAGAACAUCAACUGUUCCAUUGCGGAGAGUUUGGAGAGGUUCAAUGAAGUGAUGACCGCGGCAAGAGCAGCCAGUAUUCCUGUCCGGGGAUACGUUUCCUGUGUCCUGGGAUGUCCCUACGAAGGGAAGAUUUCUGCAGCUAAAGUUGCAGAGGUCUCAAAGAAGAUGUAUGCAAUGGGAUGCUACGAGAUUUCCCUGGGGGACACCAUUGGCGUUGGAACCCCAGGGAGCAUGAAGGAGAUGCUGACAGCAGUCAUGAAAGAGGUACCGGUUGGGGCUCUUGCUGUUCACUGCCACGACACCUACGGGCAAGCUCUUGCCAACAUCUUGGUAGCACUUCAGAUGGGUGUGAGCGUGGUUGAUGCAUCUGUUGCUGGUCUUGGAGGCUGCCCCUAUGCCAAAGGAGCUUCAGGGAACGUUGCUACGGAGGACUUGGUAUACAUGCUGAAUGGCAUGGGCAUCCACACGGGUGUGGAUCUACAGAAGCUGAUGGACACGGGCACAUUCAUUUGUAAUGCUCUCAACAGACGAACUAAUUCCAAAGUGUCCCAGGCAUCUUGCAGACUGUGAUACUGAAUGGAGUUUCUCCUUGGAUCAAGUAAAAAGCGAGGAUCUGGUGCUGGCCAGGUUUCCCCUCUGUUCUGCUGCCUCUGAACCUCAGUGCUUCUCCGAGGCUCAGUGCUGGGGAGGAAAUAUGUAAUCCGCCAGAAUCUAUGAACAAAACAAGAAUGCUGUGUCCAUCUGUGGAGACAACAAUAGCCAUUGUCUUCGGGAAGGGGGGCAUGAGUGGGCUGAGGCAAAGCAGUGGCCAUACCACUGGCCUCCCUGCAGAGCUGCAGCCUCCAGCACUGGCUCAGACAAUGCCCAGUAGUUUCUGCCUCAGCAUGUGUUGCUGUAGAUGGCCAGCAAAGGAUAAACCACAGCUUUCCCACUCAGAGCCUGUCUCCGGAUCAAGCUCGACCCUUCUUCCCUUCUCUUGCCUUGCUAUGGGUGUUAAGGUGGAGACUGAAAGACUGCUUCAUCUCGGUGUUGGGACAACCUUGGCCCUUCUGUCUUGGCAAUUAAGGGGUUGUAACAAAGACCUGUAUCUGUUGUAAGGUACUUUAAAAUAUUUGUACUAAUAAACACGUUAUUUAAUUCUAAACUA